AUUUCCGACAAUGUUUUGAUGGAAUAUCGCAUGGUCACCGCGGCCAUCACGCCAGCAAUUGUCGUCUUCGGCAUUUCCAGCAAUCUUCUCAAUGUGCUCGCCUUCAUCAAAAUGGGCCUCGCUGACAGCAUCUCCAUAUCUUUCCUGGCCCUGUCUCUGUCAGAUCUCUGCCACCUACUCAUUUCAUUGGUUUUAGUCAUCUGCAUCGCACUGCUCAGUUUUAAAAAUUUGAUCAUGGGAGCUGACCCUCUGAACGUGUACUUCAUCCUGUAUUGGUACUCUUACAUGUUUUACGACGCCUCGACUUUCAUCACCACCUACAUAGCCAUAGCCAGGUGCUGCUGUGUGGCAAUGCCACUGCGCUUCAAAAAUGUCUUCACUCAGUUCCGGACAUCGGUCGCCUUGUUUGCUUUAUUGCUCACGGGGAUCGCCCUGCGUCUCCCGAUGGUUAUGUUCAAUCAGUUGGUUUGGCUUGUCAGCCCGGUGACCAAUUCGUCGGUGCUAGUCCUCAGAACUACUGGCGACAUGACAUUUGCCAACGUCUUCAAUGAUACCGUCAAUCGCAACGCCAUUCCCUGGCUGUGCUUCGUUGUUGUGGCCGUCUGCAUGGUUAUUUUGGGCGCUAAACUCCACAGGGCAUCGAAAUUUCGCCAG